CGGCAUGAACCCGGAUAAUUAUGAAGGGUACGAACAUUGUGUGGAGAGGAAUUCAAACAUUGGUUGGAAUGAUCUUUUUUGUAGCACUCAAUUGAGAUUUGUGUGCGAGAAACCAGAAGUACCUCCACUUCAUUUGAUUGCGAUGACGUCAACACCUUUCGGGAGCCCUGGGAACGCUCCAACUUUCUCUUGCGUUCUCUCACCGGACAACACACAGAAUACCAUAAUCUACACAGAGAGGGGAGUUAGACCAAGCCCCACUCCUGCAGGCUACACACUGGACGUACCGGGCUCGGAGGAAACUCUAAAUGGCGGACUAACACAGAACCUACCUGAUGAAGCGACGUCUGUUGGCGUUUAUAAGUGCUCCACUACAUCUACAAUCACCGGUACUUCAACAUCAGCAGAUGUGACAAUUCUCUCACAAGACAGUACGUACGAACAUAAAGUACAUUAAAAAUAAUCUGACA